AUGGUCAUGAUUGUUAUGGUAGUCAUCUGGAUUAUCCUCCGAACCUUCAUGCUCACGUUCCGUUGCGUCCCUGUCCAGUCCCUUUGGGACUACACUAUUACAGACAAGGUCUGUAACAUCAACAGCGACCAGUUCUUCCUGGGAACCAUAACGACCCAUUUUAUCAUGGACAUCAUCAUCCUGAUCUUACCUAUUAUUGAAGUCUUCAGGCUAAGACUUAAAACGGGCCAAAAGCUGGCAAUCGGUGCUCUAUUCCUUCUGGGUACCAUCUUCCUCAGUUCAUAUGGCAAAAGCAGCCAACCUAUCAGCCGACCGAGCAAUGCUAUCAAGCUCACGACACUUAUUCGGACAAACAAGGACCGUGACGCUGAUGAAACAAGCUCAACGCAUCAAUUGGCCGAUGUUGAGAACGGACUGCAUUAUCACUCUGGUGACUCGCAACGGAACGAAGGAGUGCAUACUAUGAUCUCGAGUGAACAGUCUGGUUCUGGCCCGGAAUUUGACACAGCGGGAAUACACGUGCGAAACGACACGGUCGUGGAGGUUAAGCAGGUUGAAAGCAAAGGCUUUUAUCGUCUUGAGUAA